AUUAACUGCUGUGUGAGUUUACUACCUAUAGGCUAUCACCUCUCAAUUAGUCGUAGGUUUCACUAACAGCGCUAUGGCAGCUUCGCUGAGACUUCUUGCUCUCACCUCCGUCUUCGCUUAUAGCGAUGCCUUCUCAGGACAGCCAAGAACAACCGGCGGACAACACCCGGCAGUAGCUUGCAAGGCCGCCCCCGGUUCUCCCGAGUGGCCGUCCGCCGAUACAUGGGCCCAGUUCAACCAAUCUACCGGAGGAAAGCUUCUUCGAGCGGUCCCCCCAGGAGCUGUCUGCCAUCCUAAACAACCCACCUACGAUGCCGAACAGUGCACAGCUAUCGCUCAAGAAUGGCUUACCUACGACUUCUCCCAGAAUGAUCCAAUCUCAAGCAUGUGGAAUCAGUACAACAAUGACACCUGCCUUCCCGACGCAAAUUCCCCGUGUAGUCCUGACGGAUACCCUGCAUACGUCGUGAACGCGACAACCGCUCAGGAUAUCAAGUUGAGUAUAGAUUUUGCACGCACAUAUAACAUUAGAAUCGUAGUGAAAAGUACUGGUCAUGAUUACCAGGGCAGAUCACAAGCUCCGGGAGCCCUCUCGAUCUGGACGCACCAUAUGCAAGCCCUGGAGACGCACACGUCAUUCCAGCCACAAGGGUGCGACUUCAUUCUCAAUAGCACGGCUGCAACGGUAGGACCCGGGUCUCAACUUUCAAGUAUUUACGAGGAGCUCGGCAAGAUAGGCCAGAUCAUAGUUGGUGGUAACGCCAAAUCUGUCAGCGUUGGUGGAUAUCUGACCGGCGGUGGACACUCUAUCCUCGCUCCCCGAUAUGGACUUGGUGCGGACCAAAUCCUGGAAAUGGAAGUCGUGACAUCCGCGGGAGACAUCGUUGUGGCGAACGAGUGCCAGAACCAGGACUUGUUCUGGGCUAUGCGAGGUGGAGGUGGUUCAACCUUCGGAGUUAUGACUUCGGUUACACUUAUCACAUAUCCCUCGCCAAAAGUUGUGGCAGCCACAGUAAGCAUCUUGAGUCCUGAGGUCGAUGCGCCGUACUUUGCGGAGAUGGCGGGGUAUUUACUCUCGCAAUACCCUUACCUAGACUCCAAGGGUAUAUCGGGUUACAGCAUUGUUUCGAGCAACUUCUCGUACCCCGGCGUCCCAACAACUGGGGCCGGUAUGGGCGGCUUCUUCCUCUUACUGGAUACGCAAGAUGUAAAUGACAUGCUUGACGUAUGGAAACCGAUCAUAGAGCAUGUGAACAAGACCUGGCCAGGAAUAACCCCGGUAGUAAUACCCCAGACUUAUGCCCAGCUACAGGACUGGUUUAAUACCCAUUAUGAUCAAGGCAGCGCGGGUACCGAUCUCUGGCUCGGCUCUCACCUCUUAGACGCUGAAGCUUUGACGAAGAACGCAACCGCUGUAGGCGAGGCCUUUAAGGCCUUUAACGGCGAAGUUUUCCUUGUAGCCGGUCAGGGUACCAAGAAUGCCAAGCCGAGGGGAGGCAGCGACUCUGUGAAUCCGUCGUGGAGGAAGACUAUCAUCCAUGCUGUCACCGGUGUGGAAUUCCAACCAUUAAAUCAGACCGCCAAGGAGGAGGCCCUUGCCGAAAUCAAUGCUAAAGUAGAACCACUCAGAAAAUUAGCACCUGAAAUGGGAUCUUACUUGAACGAGAACAACCCCGGAGAGCCAAACUGGCAACAAAGUUUUUGGGGAGACAACUACGACCGCCUACUCCAGAUCAAGCGCGCCGUAGACCCAGAUGAUGUCUUCUGGUGCCACCCUUGCGUAGGCAACGAUCGCUGGGAGGAGGUCGGAUACCAACUGUGCCGUGUCGAUUAACUCGGAGAAUUAGAUUCAUUCGUUUCGUAGAUUGUAUACUUAGCUCGAUUUAUCACUAAUAUUAAUACAUAUGUGCAACACA